CAACCCGGCCUGCGCGGUGCGGCGGCGCCCAGCCCGGCCUCUCCUGCUCCCGGCGCCGCCCGGUGGAACGGGUCGGAGGAACACCCGGGCAGCCUGCGGACCGGGGGGCCUCCGCCAACCUCUCCGGCCCAGCCCGCCUCCCCUCGGGCCGACCGCGGCGGUGACGCGCGGGGACCCGCACUCGACCGGGGAGGGCCGCACCGCCGCGUUACCUGGCCGUCGAUUGCUUGUCGGGGAGGUCUGGAAGAUUCCCAUCUCGAGCCUCUCGGCUUCCCAGGGCGACGGGCAGGGGAGAGAGGCGGUGGACGGCUCGCUGCGGGAGUCUGGGGGCGACUCGGGUACUUUUGUCGUCCCUCUCGCGUUCUCAGAACCAUUGCUGAGAAUACGGUCCGUGUUGUGUGGACUUUCCCGACUCUGACCUUAGGAGAGUCAGGUACAGAGGUGGGAAGAGGAAAUGUUAGAGGCUCAGCAUUCUUUUGAGAAUUAAUCAUAAAGUGUUGAACGACCUUUUAGAAUACAGAGUUUAAUGAAAAAUCCAUGCUUACGGGGUGAACAUGGCAGGCUUCCUAGAUAACUUCCGUUGGCCAGAAUGUGAAUGUAUUGACUGGAGUGAGAGAAGAAAUGCCGUGGCUUCUGUGGUGGCCGGUGUACUGUUUUUUACAGGUUGGUGGAUAAUGAUUGACGCUGCUGUGGUGUACCCGAAGCCAGAGCAGUUGAACCACGCCUUUCACACAUGUGGCGUGUUUUCCACAUUGGCUUUCUUCAUGAUAAAUGCUGUGUCCAAUGCUCAGGUGAGAGGUGACAGCUAUGAAAGCGGCUGUUUAGGAAGAACAGGUGCUCGUGUUUGGCUGUUCAUUGGUUUCAUGUUGAUGUUUGGGUCACUUAUUGCUUCCAUGUGGAUUCUUUUUGGUGCAUAUGUUACCCAAAGCUGUUAUUAUCCGACAUUACAAAAUUCAGCAUCAAGCGUGACCCAACUGCAGUUUAAAAGCAUGAACCAUAUCACAAAAACCGGAAUCAUUCGUCUCAAGAUAAAGCUCUUCUUCCCAAAGAGAAUGAUUACGACCUAGUGAAAAAUUAGGCCUUUCCUCCACUUAGUUACCGACUGCAAGGGUCUCUUUGCGCUGGCUCUCAACUCUUCCUGCAAAAUGUAUCUUUAACCUCAAAGUCCACGUUCCAGUCGAAGCCUCCUUUUGCGGAGUUUGAAACGCUGCUUUUGCACCGCGGGUAUUCCUCUGGGGGAUGUCAAAGGGAUAGCUGGGUCUUAAUUGCUUUUUUGCUUUUCUUUGUUAAUACAGGCUUUGUGUGGCACUUUUCUUCCUCCAGAGGGAUUUUAUAGCACCUUUUGUUGUAAGACAGAAUAAUAGUAACGGUAUUAAUAUCAGCUCCUAACGUAAGCCUUAUUUUGUUUAACCUCCUUCCUCUCUGAGAGGGCUGGCCUGUGCACAGAGUAUGAAGCGGUUGUGGAAUGCUGUGCCUUUGUCUAGAUACCUUCUUGUUUAGUUAUUUCCUCCUGUGUUACUGUCUUUUCCUCCAAAUGUCAGUAAACUUUGUCUUGCUUCCGACAAAUUGUAAGACUAUUUGUUUCCACCCUCUUGUAACUUGUAGCAAUAAAUACUACUUCUCACCCAUU